AAAAAAAAAGCAAACCAAUAAAUAAAAGCAACAAAAUCAAUGCCGCGCCUUUGCCAGCGCCCGGACUUGUUUGGAAAGAGACAACGCUGAAGUGGCACAGGUCCCGAGGAAAACGGAUCCUUUAAUUUGACUCCGCAUGAGAAGCGCAUUUGGAGCCGGGCGCAGCGGCAGCAGCGGCAGCAGCAGCCCCGCAGCCCCCGCAGCCCCCGCGGGGCUCGGCGGCCCCCGCGGCCCGGAGCUGCCGGAGCCGCUCGGGCACGGGCGGAGCAGCAGCGCCCUUCGGCCGCAGGAACCCGCCCGGAGGGGAGAGGAGGAGGAGAAGAACGAGAGCUGCUGAUCCCGGAGCGCUCCAGCCAUCAGCCGCAGUCACCGGCUUUGACUUUGCUUCGCGUCGUGUCCUCGGCAUCUCGGGCUCCGGGACCAGCUCACUUUGCACUUCGUUCAACGAGCAGCGCCGUCGUUCGGUUUCUAUUUUUUUUUUUUUUUUUUUUUCUUCAGAGACAAAAUGUCCAAAAAUGGUUCAGCCUGCUUAGCCCAAUGAUUUCUUGCAUGGACGCUCUAUUUUCUUUUUUUUUUUUUCUUUUUUCUUUUUUUUUUUUUUUUUUAAUUAUUAUUUUUGGACGGGGAAGGAUAGAGUAAAAGAAAUCGUUCAGCGGUUUGCUCCCCGUUAAGGAGAAGAUCAAGAUCCUAUUCCCAGCUGCACGCAGAGGACGAAAGCUGCCGUGGGUCUUUCAGUCUGGGUUUGGGAGCCCUCGUUACUGCAGGGUCAGAGCAGAACUGCCUUCUCCGAGCGGCUUUCCCGUCCUGGUUGUAGCUCAGAAAUCGCCUCCCCCCUCCUCGCACCAUUUCUGUUGGUGGUGUUUUUGUUUGGUUGGUUUAGCUUUAUUUUUUCCUCCCAUUUUUGUCUUUUUUUUUUUUUUCCCCGUUCGUUUAUUAUUAUUAUUAUUAUUAAUAAUUAUUGGUUUGGGUAAAUUCCCUUCCUUCAACGAAAAUACUAACUCUGCAGUGGAAAUCCAUGCCCCCUGCCAUUCGGAAGAAUCGGGUCUAAUAUGCCAGUGACAUCCCCGCCUUGCAGCAGUCGCGAUGAAGGAAAAAUCCAAGAACGCGGCAAAGACUAGACGGGAAAAAGAAAAUGGAGAAUUCUACGAACUGGCCAAACUCCUGCCCUUGCCCUCGGCCAUCACCUCGCAGCUGGACAAGGCUUCCAUCAUCCGCCUCACCACCAGCUACCUGAAAAUGCGAGCGGUCUUCCCCGAAGGUCUGGGCGACGCCUGGGGACAGCCGAGCAGGAUCGGCCCCUUGGAUAACGUGGCCAUGGAGCUCGGAUCCCACUUGCUUCAGACUUUGGAUGGCUUUGUUUUCGUGGUGGCGUCCGACGGCAAAAUAAUGUACAUUUCUGAAACAGCAUCUGUGCACCUUGGCCUGUCCCAGGUGGAGCUGACUGGAAACAGCAUUUACGAGUAUAUCCACCCCUCAGAUCACGAUGAGAUGACUGCUGUCCUCACUGCCCACCAGCCUCUUCAUCCUCACCUCCUGCAAGAAUAUGAAAUUGAGAGAUCCUUUUUCCUGAGGAUGAAGUGUGUCCUAGCCAAGAGGAAUGCAGGGCUGACAUGCAGUGGCUACAAGGUGAUCCACUGCAGUGGCUACUUGAAGAUCCGUCAGUACAUGCUGGAUAUGUCCCUGUACGAUUCCUGUUACCAAAUCGUCGGGCUGGUGGCCGUGGGGCAAUCUCUGCCUCCCAGUGCCAUCACUGAGAUCAAGCUCCACAGUAACAUGUUUAUGUUCAGAGCCAGUUUGGACCUAAAACUGAUAUUCCUCGAUUCCAGGGUUACAGAAUUAACUGGAUAUGAACCCCAGGAUCUGAUAGAAAAAACCCUCUACCACCACGUCCACGGCUGUGACGUUUUCCACCUGCGAUACGCUCACCACCUGUUGCUGGUGAAAGGCCAAGUGACCACCAAGUACUACCGGCUGCUGUCCAAGCAGGGAGGCUGGGUGUGGGUGCAGAGCUACGCCACCAUCGUGCACAACAGCCGUUCGUCACGGCCUCACUGCAUAGUGAGUGUCAAUUAUGUCCUUACAGAUAUCGAGUACAAGGAACUUCAGUUGUCACUGGACCAGGUUACCAUUUCCAAAUCACAGUUUUCAUGCAGAAACUCAGUACCUACCUCUCAGGAAACAAGGAAAAUAGUAAAACCCAAAAGUAAUAAAAUGAAGGCAAAACUCAGAGCAACACCUUACCCACCACAGCAAUACAGCUCGUUCCAAGCAGACAAACUGGAAUGCAGCCAGGUGGGGAGCUGGCGCUCCAGCCCCGCCGCCAGCGCCGCCGCCCUGCAGGAACAGAACUUCCAUUCAGAGAGCAGCGAACUCCUGUACGCCCCUCCCUACAGCCUGCCCUUCUCCUACCACUAUGGACACUUCCCUGUGGAUUCCCACGUCUUCAGUGGCAAGAAGCAAAUGCUGCCUGCGAAAUUCGGGCAGGCCCAAGGGGCACCCUGCGAGGUGGCGCGGUUCUUCCUGGGCGCGCUGCAGACCAACGGCGAGUGCCAGUGGCACUACACCAAUUCCCUGGUUCCCAGCAGCCAGUCCCCCUCCAAAAGCCUUCCUGAGCAGCCUGUGAACAUCAUCAGGCACAACCUUGCCCAGAGUUAUGAAGGUCGUCAAGCGCUGCUUUUUUCCAGUGGCUCACUGGAGAACUGACAGCCAGGGAGCUUCAAAGCAGGGAGGAUCUGCUUAGCAUCAUCAUCUUCGAUCCAAAGGCAAAGCCAAAUCUGACAUCUGGCAGCCGGCUUGGAUGCGAGGGCUAUUCCACAUCACAUCCACGGCAGCAUCUGCCAAAAACGCCGUGGGCCAAAGGCAUUUUUCUCCAUGGAAAAUUGCUCCUUUUGGAGGGAUCAGAGCUUGGAGGAUGAUCGUGCCAAGCCAUCAAAGCUCUGAAGAAGCACGUAGCAGAUACAACUGCCUGCAAAUCAGAUGUUUCUGCUUCGGGAUCUGGUUUUGAAGCUUCUUCCACUUUUUCCCAGCUGGGCCAGUCAUCAAAAAAAAAAAAAGAAAAAAAUCAUUUCAGUGAAGGCAACUGUAUUCUUAGCCAGAAAUUUCCUUUUUACCCUUGAACUUGCUGCUGUGGGCACCACAGGACCUGCUGGGCACUCAGUGGUGCUGUUGGACCUUCUGAACCACCUGUGUGAAGCCUUGUGCCACCAGUCAAAACUCAGGAAACGAGGAAAAAAGAGUGAGAAAAUCAGUGAAAAAGCUCCCCAGGUUUAGGCAGUGCCUGUUGGAAGAAAGAAAUGACAUUUCACAAAGGGAAUUCCCCUGGAGACAAAGAGGUCUGGGAGAUCAUUUUGUCUUGUUUUUGGAGGGAGAAUGAUGGAGAACAAUCAGCCUUGGGUGAUUUGAAAUCAGGGUUCAGACCAGGACGAGCACAGACUGAGAUAAAAAUAUCUUCUCAUGGGCAGGGGUUGUAGUAAGACCUGUUCUAUCUUUGCCCUGUUUGAUAAAGAGGAGGGAGAAGGACUUCUCCUAGGGGCAGAAAGUGACAGGACCAGGGAAAAUGGUUUUAAACUCACAAAGGACAGGGUUAGGUUGGAUAUUGGGAAGAAAUAUUUUGCUCAGAGGUGCCCAGAGCAGCUGGGGCUGCCCCUGGAUCCCUGGCAGUGCCCAAGGCCAGGCUGGACAUUGGGAGCAGCUGGGACAGUGGGAGGUGUCCCUGCCAUGGCAGGGGUGGCACUGGGUGAUUUUUAAGGUCCUUUCCAACCCAAACCUUCUGUGAUUCUGUGAUUUACAACCUGAUUGUUCAUCAACCCAGCAGGACUGGAAAUUACAGAAUUAAAGGUGACAAGGCAGAGGCCAACUGGUGGCUGUGGUGCCUCAGCUUCUUCCAAGUUCUCUUGGGCUCUGAAAAUGGAAAAGGACAGCAUUUUUUUAAGAGAUUAAAGAAGAGCCAUAAAGUGAAAAUAUUCCAAACUACAGGAGGACAAAGCCACCCCUCUUGUGGACACCUUAAACCCAGAACACCUGAUCAUGAAACAAUAUUAUUUAUGUGUCAGCAGCUCUCAGCAUUUACAUUUAUUUCACAAUAAAAACACCAAAUGUGGAGUUGAAAUCAGAGCACUGAACUAGACCAGUAAAAUUCCCAAGCUAUUCUGAAGCACAUGGCUGAAACCUCGUUGGAUUUGUGAUCUGAAAGGGCCAUUUUUCACCAGCUGGUGAGAACCCAGCUUCCUCCAGCUUCUACUCCUUGUGACAAAAUAUAUACACAGAAAUGGGAAAGAAUAACUUGAAAGGUUACUGUUUUUAGGAGGCUGAAGAAGAAAUUGGAACCAGAUUCCUGUUUAAAUUCUGGUGUUAAUUACGUAGUGCAACUCUCUCUGAAAUUAAUGGAGCUCUGCAUAUAUAAAAAAAAAAGGUACAAUUGAGCAAUUUCUGCUUCCUGUUAUCCACGAAGGCUUUGCCAGUCUAUUACAGCACAGGGAAUAUUUAAUUAUUAAUGGGCACAGUUACAUCAGCAACCAAUAGAGGGGAACUCCAGAACUUUUGAGAUGUUGAAUAGAGUUAGAAAAACAGAAAAUCCAUUUCAAAAAAGGCACUUAAGUGUCCAGGGCUUCCAGUGAACCUCACACAAAACAAGAGUUUGGGUCUUGACUUGAGAAAUUUGCUCAGUGUGUCAUUUUUCCUUUAAGAUAAAACUUUCAAAUGUGCCUUGGAGGAGCUGUUUAACUCACAAACUGUUCAUAGGAGAGUGCAAAAAAAUUAUUGCUCCUAUGGUGCAGGAGAAAACCAGGGGCCUUUUCUCUCACCACUCGUAGAUAGGAGUGAACAGAAAGGAAAAGCUUCAUAAGCCAAGCAGAAAAUAAUAAAAAUAACUCAAAUUGCUUCAAGAGUUCAGUUGCCAUGCAGAAACUGAGGAGAAAAAUGAGACUGCCCAAUGUAUUUUAGAGGAAAAGCCUGAACAGACACCCUAGGCUCAUACUCCUGAAAAAUUAAGCAUCUGGCUUCUGAUUCUCUAAAAAUACUCAAUUUUUUCUCCCCCACUCAAUGUUGUAACCUGCAUUUUUAUCGUUAUCUACCUUUAUUACAUGGGAAUCUCUUAAAAGCAGAGAUCCAGCAUUGCUGAAGAGGUGUUUAAGAGAUGUUUUUAAUAUCUGAUGUCAGCUUUUCAAAGAGAAAAGGCAAAGCCUUUAACGUGACCCACUCUGGGUAUCACAAAGAGAUUUCAUUGAUUACAUAAUGACAUAUCUAAUAUCUCAUCUGGAUAUUAAAUAUACCCCAAAAAAUACCAUGAGUUACAGAAUCAAGAGAAUUCUGCAGAAUGAAAAGAUCUUUGAGAUCACUGAGCCCAACCUUGGAGUUGUCUGUGCAAGGACAAAUGUCCCACAACGACAGGGAGAAUAAAUUCAGUUUAUUCAGUUUAUUUCUGGUGCUUAUGAUAUGAUUAAAAUAAUUCCACUAUUUUAAUCAUGGAAUCAUUGAUAGGUACCACCAUUAUCCUGUUUUCAGUAAAUCCUCUGAUAAAUCUCCGGAAAGAGCUUUCUUAAGGUAAGGAAGAUUUUUGAUUUCAGGUUGCAGCUCCGAACAUUUAUUUGGUUUAAUUCCCCCUAUUUAGCAAUGAUAACAAUGUCAGUGAGUUAUAAUUACUGCAGAGGCUCAUUAUCAGUAAUUAACAC